AUGACCACUCGUCGACACGUCCACUUCAACUCCAAAGCUAAAUCAUGGACUUCACCUGAGCCCACCUCUACAGAAGCCAUUGAUCGGUUUCACCAGAGUCUCCCCAAUUAUGAGCCAACUCCUCUUGUCAGUCUGGACAGCCUGGCUAAGGAGAUCGGGGUCGGAGCUAUCCAUGUCAAAGAUGAGACGAACCGCUUCGGUCUUCCAGCGUUCAAGAUCUUGGGUGCUUCUUGGGGCGCAUUCCGCUCCAUAGCCGAGAAGCUUGGGUUACCUCUUGACUCAGAUAUUGAUACUGUCCGAGAAGCGGCAAAGGCUCAUCAAUUGACCUUGUACGCAGCGACAGAAGGGAAUCAUGGACGUGCAGUGGCGCGGAUGGGUGCGAUCUUCGAUAUAUCAGCUGAGAUUCAUGUCCCGGCGUCUAUGCAUCUUUCUACAGUCAAAUUGAUUGAGUCUGAAGGUGCAAAGGUUGUUGUAUCAAAGGGUAAAUAUGAAGAUGCUACGCUUGAGGCCGAGUCUGCGUCCAAGCAUGAGCAGGGGAUCCUGGUUCAGGAUCAUGCGUUCGGUGACUACCAGACUUGGAUUGUCGAUGGCUAUGGUACCAUGAUGCGAGAGGUUGACAAGCAGCUUGGUUCUACCAAAGCUGACUUGGUCAUCGCUCCUGUCGGAGUCGGGUCAUUCGCCCAAGCUGUCAUCUCACACUUCAAGAGACAGGGUACAGCCACUUCUACGUUGACAGUUGAGCCUGACACUGCGGCGUGUUUGUGGAAGAGUCUGGAGAAGGGCGAAUUCACUGAGAUCCCGACGACUGGAACCAUCAUGGCUGGUCUCAAUUGCGGAGCCCCUUCGACAAUCGCAUGGGACUUAUUGAAGAACGGUGUUGAUGCAAGCUUGACCGUAUCAGACUACGAGGCUCACCAGUCCGCCCUGUAUCUGCAAUCUCAAGGCAUCAACGCUGGACCCUGCGGUGGCUCGACUCUUGCUGCGCUGAGGCGGCUUACACCAGGUGACAAGAAGGCCCUUGGAUUGAAUGAGAAGUCCAAUGUAGUGAUCUUUUGCACAGAGCGAAACCGAGACUACGAUAUACCCCACGACGUUUCUGGCAAUGACCCAGUUGAACUUACUCAGACCCUUGUUCAGGUCAACUCAGCCAGUCCCGACUUGGGUUCUGUUCCCGGACCUGGCGAGACCAUCAUCGCUCGCUAUGUCGCUGCAUGGCUCGAGCAUAGGGACCUUGAGACGCAUUGGGUGGAAUUCGAAAAGGGCCGGCCCUCUGUCGUUGGCGUUGUUCGUGGCUCUGGCGGCGGCAAGAGUAUCAUGUUCAAUGGACACAUCGACACGGUGACUAUCAUGGGCUACGACGAUGAUCCGUUAAGCGGCAAGAUUGUAAAUGGGCGCCUUUAUGGUCGGGGAUCCGCUGACAUGAAGGGAGGCGUCGCAGCAGGCAUGAUCGCGCUUGCCAAUGCCAAGAAGCUUGGCCUUCGUGGUGAUGUGAUCUUCACCGGUGUUGCCGAUGAGGAGAGUUUGAGUAAGGGAACAGAAGACAUCCUUCGCGCUGGAUGGAGAGCAGAUGCCGCUGUUGUAUCGGAGCCAACGAACCUCGAGAUCAGUCACACGCACAAGGGAUACUGUCACAUUGAGAUCAAGAUCCAUGGACUGGCUGCACAUGGUUCACGGGCUGAUCUAGGCAUCGACGCGAUUGUCAAUGCCGGCCAUUUCCUCGUGGAGUUCGGUAGAUAUGCGAAGAAAUUGCAAGAAGGCCCAGGCCAUGAGACCCUCGGAACAGGAACUGCACACGCUUCACUGAUUUCCGGCGGCGAAGAGGCAUCGUCGUACCCUGCACAGUGUACCAUCAUCGCAGAGCGCCGAACAAUUCCUGGAGAGACCAAUGAAGCUGUCCAGAAGGAGUUCGACGACAUUAUUGCCAAGGUAGCAAAGGAGGUCACCGACUUCAAGGCAGAAGCCAAGAUCUUCUUCGGCCGCCCGCCCCAGUUCAUAGCGGCAGACCACCCUUUCACCAAGCUCGUCUCCGGCAUUGUAGGCAGUGUCACUGGCAAAGAUGCGGUCAUUGGCGGUGCCCUGUUCUGGACUGAUUGCGCUUUGUUGGCUGAGAAGGGGAUAGUGCCUCUGCUCUGGGGACCAAAGGGAGAGGGACUUCAUGGAAAGGAGGAGUUCGUUCACGUCAAGUCAAUUGAACAAGUGGCUGAGGGAUUGACCAAUAUAGCGGCCGAGUUCUGUAAGUAG